GCGGCUGAGGGGGCACGCGGCCCGCUGCCCGCACCAUGUCGUUCCGCCGUGCCUUGGCGCUGGCUGCCUGCGGGCUGGCCGGCGGCUCCGUCCUCUUCUCCGCCGUGGUCGUGGGCAAGCAGCCGGGCCGCGGCAGCGACACCGACCCGCGGCAGGGGAGCUCCUCCGCCACCGUUCCUCCCGCCUCCACCGCCCCUCCCGCCGCCGCGGCGCCGCCAGGUUUGCUGCUGCUGCCGCCCUCCGCCUCCUGCCCGCCGGCCCCCGGCUGGAUCGAGAGACCGGCCGCUAACAGCGGGUACUGGGACAGCAACUGGGACAGACGUGAACCACUGGCUCUUAUCAACCUCAAAAAGAAAAAUGAAGAAACUGGGGAGGAAGAGCUUUCCUCACGCUUAAAUCACUUCAAAGCAAAAGCCACCAGGCAUAUAUUCCUCAUCCGUCAUUCUCAGUAUAAUUUGGAUGGCCGGGCUGAUAAAGACAGAACUCUGACCCCACUUGGUCGAGAGCAGGCUGAGCUUACUGGAAAAAGGCUGGCAAGCUUGGGAAUAAAAUUUGAUCAGAUUAUCCACUCCUCCAUGACUAGAGCAACUGAAACAACUGAAAUUAUAAGCAAGCAUCUCCCAGGAGUCAAAAAAGUUAGUACUGAUCUGCUGAGAGAGGGAGCACCUAUAGAACCAGACCCUCCAGUCUCUCACUGGAAACCAGAAGCUGUGCAGUAUUAUGAAGAUGGAGCUCGAAUUGAGGCAGCUUUUCGAAACUUCAUUCAUAGAGCUGACGUAAAGCAGGAAGAGGAUAGCUACGAGAUCUUUGUCUGCCACGCCAAUGUGAUCCGCUAUAUUGUGUGCAGAGCAUUGCAGUUCCCCCCAGAAGGCUGGCUGCGAAUGUCUCUUAACAAUGGCAGCAUAACUCACUUGGUGAUACGUCCGAAUGGAAGAGUGGCACUUCGAACACUGGGUGACACAGGUUUCAUGCCUCCAGAUAAAAUCACUCGCACCUGAAUGUGCAGAACUGAUGGCUUUCCAGGAGCAGCCUCUAGCCUCUUUGCACUAGUACAUUCAGCUGCCGUACCACUAGGUUUUGAUCUGUUAUGUUGGGGUGUGAUGCUGUCUUAAAAUGUCCUUUAGCCCUUUGCCUCCUUUAUACAUAUUCGUAUCUGCCUUCCAGUCCAGAAAAUAAGGUGUAUCUGUAAGCCUGGAGCUCUCCAGUCCUCAAGUAUUCACCAGACCUCAAAGCUGAGCUGUGGAAUACAGAGAUUGAAUGUCUGCUCAGUAGUUCCAGGAGCACUGACUUCCCCCCACCCCAUUGUGACUUUCUAUAACCAAAGCAGUUUUCUCCUGUGGGUAUUUUUCUUGUGGGUGUGGGAACUGGAAGAUCAGCCUUGUAUUACUGCAGCUGAAACUGAGGGUGAGCCAGCUUGUUUCAGCUCCUGCAGGAGAGGUGACAAACAGGGUAUUCUGCUGUUCAAAGGGAUAAGGCAUCAGGUUUUAUAAGUGUUUGAGAAUGUAUGUUUGUUGUGUCAUUGUUCCCCUCUGCCCCCAACAAGCUCAUGUAAAACUGUGCCUGGAGGUUGCAAGCAUAAAGCAAAGAGGGUAAAAAACCUAUUAUUUGCCUCAGACCUGUGGUGCUAGAAUUAACUGCUGCUUAAAUUAAGUGUUCCUGCAUCCUCAGGAAGUACUUUAGCUAUUCUGAACCAUGUAUUUCGAUUUCAUAAAGCCUUUAAUUAAAACUUGGUCUGUACAAGGAUGUAGGGAUGAGUCUAUAGCAGUGAGAUGGAAGGAAAGCAACUUUCUGAAAGCGGUUUUGGUACUGACACAUUUUUAAAGUGCUUUCACCCACUGAUUGGCAUUUUUUUAAUCCCUUACUUUCAGAAUAGAGACAUCCCACCACUGAGGUCAUGUGGUGAUAGCUCAGGGCAGAGGUUGAGCAGUCCUGGAGCAAACUGCUGGUGCCAGAAUAGUAACUAGCUGUGGGCUGGCUUGUCUAGGCCAAGUAUGUUGUGCAGACAGAAUGCUCCACGUGGCUCCUUCAUUCUGACCGUGCUGGGCUUGUUCUGGGGAAUGUGCAGGUGGCUGCAAACUGGGUUUUGUUUUUGAGGCGUUCAGAAGGGUUUCAACUUGAGAAUGUUCAUUGGGCACCUGAAGCAGUGCAGUAACUUGCCUCACUUCGCAAUACCCAGAAUGUCAAAUUCACCAUACGCAUAGUCUGCCUUAGUGCCAGUGCACAUGCUACAGGACAGCAAACCCAAGUAACUUGUUUGACAGGUUCUCUUGUCACCAAGCAUGUCAAGACCCUACACUUGCUCCUGUCUGAGCUGUAUGAUGCAUCAUCCCAGCAUGACCGAGCAAGAUGUGGUUUAAUGGCUUGCUUGAUCCAGUAGUACGAGUUCAAAGAAAUGGGGGCUAGUAGAGAACAAAGCAUGAUAGUUGUGUAAUGCAGAUUGUGGGGGCAAGAGGAAACCAUCAUGAAGUCUCUCCCAUUGAUGCAAUGAGAAUAAUUUAUCAGUUUUUGUCUAUUAAGUUUUUAAAAGUUUUGAAUAAAAUAACUGGUCUUUCUUGUCUCA